AUGACCGCUCCGGCAGCAGCAGCAGCAGCAGCAGCAGCCUCGCCGACGCCGGGCACCUCCUCCGUGCCACUGGAGUGGAGCUCGACGUGGAACCUCUUCGACGAGCGCCAUACAAAGCUGGUGUCGCAUAUUGACCUUAAGCACAUUCUACGCAGCCUCGGGCGCCGCUACACGGAGGCAGAGUUCAACGAUCUCCUAAGGCCCUUGCCAGACCCUGCCUCGUACGACGCGUUUGUUAAGCUGAUGCAACAACCGUACACGGGGCCGACCGAGGACGACCUCGUGACAGCGCUACGCGCCUUUGACGUCGGCGACUCAGGCCGGCUGAAGCUCUCUGAACUUAUUACCCUUCUCACAACGCUGGGGGAGAAGAUGCCGGAAGCCGACGUGCGGCAACUACUCGCCGAGGUGCCAACAGAUGAAAAGGGGCGGGUGCGCAUCGACGAGCUGGCGACGUACCUGUGCACCCCCGUGCCGACCACGACACCCGACAUCAUGGAGCUGAAGAAGCAGCUGGAGCAGGUACAGUCAACGGCUGGCGCAUCCGCGACCAAGGGCAGCUAA